AGGAGAUUUUAUUAAGUUGGGAAACCCGAUACGGAAACUACGAGUUAGGUCCUCCAUUGUGGAAUGAUAGAAUGUGGAAUUAAAAUUAGGGACAAUUUACUUGACGGAUCAUUAGAUCAAAUCAGAUUGGUUACCGCGACGCGGCGAGGGGGUCAAAGUUGAAUUUUUGUCAUCUCCACCGCGGCCUCGCCGCCUCUCGCCGCGCCGCCGGCAAUCCCAACAUGCCUUGCGGGGUCUGGCCGCCACCUCUCAUUCAAAAUCAAUGGAGGCGGCGCCGCCGCGCGGCGGGAAAGCGUAGCCUAUAGUGUGGCUUCACCGUGAGUGUUAUUGGUUUGCUGUGUUUCCCUCAGGCAAUUGUAGUCGCCGGGCAUGUCCUUCGGGCUUGUCACUUUGUUAUUUUGCCUUUCUUAUUUUUGGUGUUAACUCUGGGUGGGGGUACGCUCCGGUUCGCCGUGAAUGACUGUUCAAUUGGUCUCUCAUUUGCGUUCACGGCUUUUGCGUUUAAAAGCCGCCGCAAGCCCGGUAAAUACACUGAAGACUAUAUUAGGUUUUAGUUAGAUUUUCGUUGCUACUAGGUAGUUAGGACCUGGGGGAAGUCAACGUAUAGUGACUCAGCUUAUUGUUGUAAUUAGUGUGAUUAGUAUCACUUGUGAUUUUGCUCAAGCGGAGGACGCUAGGACGAGAGAGCUUGUGGUUGGAGUUGUGAUGGCGCAGGCUGGUGCCAUCUUCCCCCAUCCUUCCCGACCUGAUGGUUUGGUCCUCCUGCUGAUUGGCCUGUGUGCGCUCUGUGGGGAGGAGUCUCAUGCUGGGCGGAUCCUGGUGUACCCGGUGGACGGCAGCCAUUGGCUGAACAUGGACGUGCUCCUGCGGGAGCUGCACAGAAGGGGACACGUCCUGACUGUGGUGCGCUCCUCCACCAGCUGGUACAUCCCCGAAAACUCCGCCCACUUCUCCUCCGUCACCGUGCCCCUCCAGCAAGCCAUCAACCUGGAGAACCCCGAGUACAUGGCCUACUUCCUGCAGAGGAACCUGGACCUGCGGCGGGGGUCCGUGCUGUCCUUCCUCGGCCUGCAGAGGGAGCUCAUGUCCAUGCUCUCGGAGGCCCACCGCUCCAGCGCCCAGAUGGUGCGCCUCGUCCUGGAGAACUCCACCCUGGUGGAGGAGCUGAAGAGGGCGCGGUUUGACCUCAUGCUCACUGACCCCGGCUUCGCGGGCGGGGUGGUGCUGGGACGUUACCUGGGGCUGCCCAUGGUGUUUAACGUCCGCUGGAUCACCAACGGCGACGGGCACUUCGCCAUCGCGCCCUCGCCCCUCUCCUACGUCCCCACCAUCGGCUCCCAGGUCUCCGACUGCAUGAGCUUCGCCAACAAGCUCAAGAACCUGCUGCAUUUCGGGAUUGGGGUUUACUUGGACCUUGUGGUCGCCAGACCGCACUACCAGGGCGUGUGCGAUGAGUUCCUGGGCGGCAACACCAACGUGUACGAGCUCAUCCAGAGCGCCGACCUGUGGCUGAUGAGGGUGGAUUUUGUCUUCGAGUUCCCGCGCCCCACCAUGCCCAACGUGGUGUACAUGGGUGGGUUCCAGUGCCGCCCCGCCCAGCCCCUCCCCCCUGAGCUGGAGGAGUUUGUGCAAAGCUCCGGGGAGCACGGGGUGGUGCUCAUGUCCCUGGGCACCCUGCUCGGGGGCCUUCAGCCCCACAUUUCGGAGGUCAUCGCCUCGGCCUUCGCCCGCCUGCCUCAGAAGGUGGUGUGGAGGCACCUGGGGGCGAGGCCAUCCACCCUGGGCAACAACACCCUGCUGCUGGACUGGCUUCCCCAAAACGACCUGCUGGGCCACCCCAAGACCCGCGCCUUCGUCACGCACGGGGGCACCAACGGCCUGUACGAGGCCAUCUACCACGGCGUGCCCGUGCUAGGCCUCCCGCUCAUCUUCGACCAGAAGGACAACAUGGUGCGCGUGGAUGCGCGGGGCGCGGGCAUCGUGCUGGACGUGACGGUGCUGGAGGUGGACUCUCUGACCCAGGCUCUGCGGGACGUCCUGGACGAGCAGAAGCCCUACAGGGAGAACAUGCGCAGGCUGUCCCGGCUGCACCACGACCGGCCCCUCGAACCUCUGGACAGCGCCCUCUUCUGGAUGGAGUUUGUCAUGAGGCACGGGGGGGCGGCGCACCUGCGCACCGAGUCUUACAGGAUGCCCUGGUACGCCUACCACAACCUGGACGUGCUGGCCUUGCUGCUGGGCUCCGCCACUGCUCUCCUAGUACUCAUCGGCGCCACCUGCAGGUGUCUGUUUCAGAGGCUCUGCAGGACCAGGAAGGUCAAACUGCAGUGAACACACAAGUAUGACAUUGAUGUUUCUACUUGCAGUAUAUGGGGUAUUAUUGUCUCAGAAAUAAAUGCAGCUGGUUCACAUUUGU